GUGAGACACACACACACACACACACACACACGCACGCCGUCAAGGUCACAGGAAAACAUGUCGACAUCCAUGAAACUCAUCUUGACAUAAAAAGUCUCAAAGUUCAUGUUCGACUCUCCGACCUUCGCCCUCUCUGAUUCCCCCGCAGUGAUAGAAGAGGCCUUGCCGGCGUCCUGUAAGGUGCGGACAACGAUCUACGAGAUCCCCAGGAGCCAGGUGGACCCCACCUCGGCUAACUUCAUCAUCUGGCCCCCCUGCGUCGAGGUGAAGCGCUGCACCGGCUGCUGCAACACCAGCAACAUGAGGUGUCAGGCGGCCAGAAAGCACCAUCGCACGGUCAAGGUAAGAAACGAAGACAACAGGAACGUUUAUGAAGCUGGUCGAGUUUUAUUCUAUGAAUGAAUAUUUAUUGGUGUUUUUAGUAUAAAGCUCAUGUCAACACUCACACUCCAAACUACAGAGUAUUAUAAACUUAACUGAAGGUAUACUAAACCUGCCAAAAACGAUCACUCUCACGUCCUCGUCCGUUGUGUCGUUGUGUUGUUGUGUUGUUGUGUUGUUGUGUUUGUGUGUUUGUGUGUUUUGGAUCUAAAGUCUGGCAGUGAGUUUCUUUAAGAACAUUAAAACUUCCUUUAGAUGUCUGCCAGAGCUGGAAAUAAGCCGAUUGGUUCACAGUCAUAACCUGCCAACUAGGAGCUGACCCUGAUAUAUGUGUGUGUGUGUGUGUGUGUGUGUGUGUGUGUGUGUGUGUGUGUGUGUGUGUGUUUGAGUUUUAGUAACAGGAAGCUGAUUUCAGAGAAAGUUUAAUGAUAUAAAGUUGACCAAAGUUGGAUGAAGAGUCCGCUAACUCGACUGAAUUCACGCAUUUGAGGCAAACUUUUUCUGACUGUUAAAAAUGUAAACAAACUUUUGCUAGAGUUGCAUACUCUACCUUUAAAAACAGCUAUUCUUAUUACUAAAUUAAAAGUCUGUGAAGAGUAAAAACAUCAGUCUUCAUGCACAGAGGAGAAGUUUGGCCUGCUGAUACGCUCGGUCUUAGAUGAAAGGACUCGUCCGUCUUCUGCUCACAGAGGAAAUCAAAAAUAAAGUCACUCACAUGUGCAGCCUGCAGAGGGUAAACAGUCACGAGUGCAAGACGCGUUCACGCAGCGCCGGAGGGGAAAUGGCAGGGCUGAGGUUUAAGAUUUGUGUCCAUGUGUGAGAGACACAGAAAGACACGGAGAUACAAAGAUAACAUCAGCAUCAGCAGCGUAUCCUGACUGAGGUUAUGUCGGGAUACGACCUCAGGUGUGAGAGUCAGUAUAUCUACACCAGAGCCUGCUGAGGUCUCCGUGUUAGAGCAGGAGGUCAGGGAGCUCAUGGUUAGGGCUGGGCGAUAUGGCCUCAAAUCAAUAUCACGAUAUAUUGAUAAGUUCACAUCAAACUACUCCACUUUAACUUCGUCUACUUCAGCCGCUCCAACUUCCUCUCCGUCCUCCAUCUCCUCACCUGUCUGUCCCUCUUUGUAGUUUCGUGUCGUUCAUGAACGAUUCGUUCAAAAGAACCGAACUGCUGAGUGAACGACGUGAACGGAAUCACUCCAAAAUCUGAUUCGUUCCUUUCUCAGUUCAGUUGAGCUCAGCCGUGAGCGUGUCAACUGCCGCCUUCUGACUCUUUGGUGAACGACACACACACACACACACACAGCCAGCAAGUGGGCGGAGUCUCGUGAUUUGCUAUCAGUCAGACUGUGAACGAAAUGAACGGGUUCUGAACGACUUUAUUCAGGCAGAGGAGGGAGGGGUGUAGCGUUGUUCACUUCCUGUCGAGCUGUGGUUGGUUGACUAAGAUAAAACAGGUCAUUAUGGCGCCUUUACAGUAAAACACGUGUUUAAACUUUCCUGUAAGAAGAUUUAAUUUAAUUUAAAGAAAUACGAUAUUUGAUAUCUUUAAAAGUAUCUGAAUCCUCGCUACAGCUGACAUCUUUAUUUAUUUUUAAUCUCUCCACUUUUCCACGAUAUAAAAGAACGACGACUCGUGCUCGUUUAGCGGCGUGCUGCUCGCUGCUGUGUUGUUUCCGUGGACAGACGGCGACACACAGAGAGGUGAGUUUUUCAGGGCAGGGGAGUGAUUCUUCCUUCAGGACUUGGCGAAUGAACGACAUGAGUCACCCAGAGAACGACACUGUGACUUCAUCAGCAGGGGAGGGGAGGGGCUAAUGAACAAACUCGCCGCUGUGUCACUCACUGGUGUACUGCAGGGGCAGGGUGGGGUUCCGGAGAACUGACUGAUUCAGUGAACGAAUCGUUUUAAUGAACAGAGUCUAAAGAUUCAGUCAAAAGAAGGUGAUGUCGAAAGUUUGCCCCACACUUGAAACUCUAAAUAUCCGAAUUCUCCUUGAGUUUUUUCCCUGCAUCCAUGUUCUAACCUGCGAACCGUUCACCGUUGAGAUCAGAGCUGUAAUUUGUCGGGUAUUGACGUUAAUUGUAGUAUCUGUAAAAUUUCAGUUUGUCGCCCAGCCCUACUCCUGGUGCUUGUGUGCGACAGGUGAAACUGUGAUGUGUUUUAUGACUGUUAUUGGAUCUACUUCAUUUUACCUAAAGAGAUCAAGACCUGUGAGUAAUACUACCUUAAUUAAUUUGAAGUAUUUAUGAUUGUUUCGCUGUAGAGGCUGAAAUCUAAGCUACAGUCACUUUCGCUCACCUUCGAAGCUCCUCACCUGAGCUGAACCUCCCGACCUGCUGUUGUUGAAGUUUGCGCUGUUCAGACUUGAAGCAGAGGGGCUUUUGCAAUCAGACCUGGAGCUUCCCCGACUUGGCUCCACGUCUGGGAUGUGAGCAUUAGCAAAACGGUGUGUCAGUGUUUACACUAAUCUGGGUAUGUUGAUGUGUACGCUCGUGGAUUUCCAUUCUCAGACACCGGAGCGAGUGUUUACACCAAACAAAUCAUUCUUCACUGAAAGCCUGUGAAACGGAUUUUCUUGGCAGGGUUAGAGCGCCACUCAUCCGUCAGACAAGAGCAGACUCACCUGUUUGUUUUCACAGCUGGAGUCCAGAAAAAAAGGGAAAAGCUCAAGACUGGAAUUUAUUUUCAUGAAACGUUUUUUUAACAGCAGAAAAUUAAAAUCUGAAAGUCCCGAUGAAACCACGAUCAGUGUUUACGAAUCAGCGUCUGUCAUCGUCUGUUCGCUAAGCCCCGCCCCUUUCUUGAUACCUAGAGGAUGUGCAGAAAUGUGGACCAAUAGAAGACGUUGUUUGGUUUUUAAUGCGCACAUUUCAGCUGCAGACAUGCUCACACCUGCAGUUUAUGUUCAGACCCGUUAAAUCCAUUCAGAGUUUCACUUCUGAGUAAUCCGAAAUAAUAAUUAAGAAAUACCUAAACCUUGAAUCUCCUGUGAGGAAAUCCAUAGAUUUACCCGUCUAGUACGUCGGAGUCUUACUUUCAGUCCCUCAGUUUGAGUCUUCUGCUCGCUCCGUCUUUCUCCAGGUGGCGAAGGUGGAGUACGUGCGGCGGCGGCCCAAGCUGAGGGAGGUGCAGGUGAAGCUGGAGGAUCACCUGGAGUGCAUGUGCACCAAUAAACGCCACAUCAACCCAAACGCAAACACAGACAAUGGUGAGAAAACAGCUGUGUGUGUGUGUGUGUGUGUGUGUGUGUGUGUGUGCGUGUGUGUGUGUGUUUUGGCUCAUUGCUCCGGUCUAAAUGUGUCUGUUGACACCAAGAGAGCUGAUAAGAGAUCUGAUCUGUUAUUUCCUUUCUCCUUCAACUUGUCCUUCCUCACACACACACACACACACACACACACACACACACACACACACACACACACACACACACAGCAGAAGUUCUUGUCCUUCUUUCUGAACAUAUUUCAUGUCUUAUGGCACAAAAACACAUGAUCAAACUGCCAACAGCUGUACGCUGUGAAAUGGAGCGUUCACACCAAGCGUGAGUAAAAUCAUUUUUGAUUCAUGAUUGAAAUACAUGUAAAGUCAAUGCAAAGACGCGAUGAGACGAUCAAAUGGCUGUGGCAGCGCGAAUGAGACGAAUUGAGACACACAAAUCUUACGUUCUGAGCGAGUUACUGAAUGACGCAAAUUUGCGAGUGUUAAAAAUAUCUCAACUAGAGUGGAUAUUUGCGUCAUGAUCAUUGACUGUAUAUAUAUAUAUAAAUAUAUAGUACAGAUGUUGUCUGCCUCCUCGAUGGGUAAAACAACUCUGAGAACAGCGCCCUCUGGUGGUGGUCUGCAGUAUAGGUCAUAAACCCCGCCUCCUUAUGGAGCUGUGGACGAACUUUAUAAAUGAAUGACACAGAAUAUAAAUGUUUCUCCCCCCUGGUUGUGAUGUUGACAUGUAGUUACUGUCAGACUGGUUUGUGCUCAAGUCCUCUUUUUUCUGUACAGCUCCAUUUUUAAAAGUUAUUAGGGGGUUCAUGUUUUCUAUGAUUGACACCUGAUACAGCCUAUGGGAGGACAGAGAUUGAGUAGAUCACCGGGGGAUACGCUGUUUGAGCCGAGCGUCAUCACAGAGACUCUCCCGCUGAAUGUGCACAACACUACUGAACGAUGUUGGUUUCAGGAAAUUAAGAAAAAUAACGGAAAUACAGAGAAAUAUUCGGCUUCAAAUCCGUGUACAGACGAUAGGCGGGACCAAGUUGUCUAUAGUUUAUACAGUCUAUGGUCGUGAUAACCAAUCAGCACGAAGGUUCCCAGGUGGUGACAGACCUUAAGAUGUUCUCUGGUGUGAAAAUAGAAACAUAAAUCCUUUUACUCACAGUAGACAGACGGACAGACGCUCUGCAGCUGGGAUAGAGCGCCUGUAAUGGAGGGAUAUCCUGGCACCGCCCCUCACCAACAGGUCGUCAAAUUGGGUUCAGGUAACCAGAGAAUACCGCUGGAAACGACCGUCAUCCGGGCGCAGCUAUUGGAGGAGACCCAGACACGGAGACGCCUACAUCUCCAACGGUUGUGGUCCUUCUGCAACAAAAACAAAACAGCGAUCAGCUGAACGUGGUUCACUCCUACCAGGCAUGAUGGAGACUCCGCCCCUCUCUCGUAUCCACGACUUUUUUAAUAAAAACAGGAAUAAAAAGGAGCUCACCUGGAGAAAAGAGAGUGAGGAGGUCGGAUCCUGCAAGUUGAAUUAGCAAAGAGCACUGUCUUGUGAAUCGAGUGAGUUAUUCGCACGAUUAAAGCGAGUUAAUACUUUUCAUUCACGUGUCUAGACACAUGUGAAUGAAGCGAGUAGAUGAUUUUUCUCGCCCUUGUUGUGAACGCCCCGUAAGGAUCAUAAUGCUCUAAUAUAAAACACCAGCUUCCUUUAAGAGACUAAAACACUUUGACUCUCCUCCUCUCUCAACAGGAAUCAGGUGAAGAGCGACGGACCAGCAGAGGAUGAAGGAGCUCCUCCAGCUGCUUCACACCUCCUCAUCCUCUCCUCCUCCUCCUGCUGCUGCUGCCGUCCAGAGACUUUAAACGGUUUUUAA